AUGCCCUCUCUGGCCAUGGCCACGGCGGGCCCGGUGCCGGUCACGCUGCUGCUGCUGGCGCAGGUGGGCUUGGUGCGCCUGGAAGCCAUCCAGUGCCCGCCGUGCGCCGAGGAGAAGCUGGCCCGCUGCAGGCCGCCGCUGGGCUGCGAGGAGCUGGUGCAGGAGCCCGGCUGCGGCUGCUGCGCCACCUGCGCCCUGGCCCGGGGGAUGCCCUGCGGGGUCUACACGGCCCGCUGCGGCUCCGGCCUGCGCUGCUAUCCCCCGCGGGGCGUGGAGAAGCCCCUGCACACCCUGAUGCACGGCCAGGGGCUCUGCAUGGAGCUGGCCGAGGUGGAAGCCAUCCAAGAGAGCCUCCAGUCCACAGAACAGGAGGAGGUUGAGCUCCCCAGCAGCAAUGUGAACCUCUGCAGCAAUCAUGACAAAAAGUGCAUCCAUAAGCAGCAAGCCAGAAAUCGGGAAAGGAUCAACCUGGGGGUCAAGAUGAAGAGCACUGGACUCCUGACUCCCCGGGAAGAUACCCGGACAGUGAUCCUAGGCGCAUGUCAGAGUCAACUUCACAUAGCGCUUGAGAGAUUAGCAGCUUCCCAAACCCGGACCCACGAAGACCUGUACAUCAUCCCGAACUGUGACCGCAAUGGGAACUUCCACCCCAAACAGUGUCACCCAGCAUUGGAUGGGCAACGAGGGAAAUGUUGGUGUGUGGAUCGGAAAACUGGGAUCAAGCUGCCGGGAAGCCUGGAGCUCAAAGGAGACCUGGACUGCCACCAGCCUACAGAGAGUGGAGCCCAAGUGUGACUUGACUGAUAAGAAGCAGACAUUGGGCCUUCCUUGGUGAGCUGCCAAGGAAGCUGAAAUGGUGCUGUUGGAAGAACAGAUGAAUCACCAACUGGGACUUUAUUACCACACCAGGGGGGGAGGUAUUUUUGUGGGAGGGGGACGAGUACACGACAGCAACAUCUGCCCCCUGCGUCGAUCCACGCAGGACGGCCAACCCGCAUCCUCGGCCAUUUAAUUUGGUAGCCACAGAACGGUCAGAGCUCUUUCGUCAUGGACUUUGGAAAUGACAAUUCAUUUGAGUGACCAUUGAUGACAAAAAGCCCUAAAAGCUUUAAUUGUAAAUUCUUGGGUGGGUGAGUGGGUGUCUUUUGAUUGAGUCCCCCAGAUAGACCAGUUUUUGCUUUUAGCUCAAACUGCUGGGGAAUACUUCUUCAAGGGUUUCUGCUUAGGAACUGGAAAAGAGGAACAAUGGAGGGAACCUUCUCUACUGAUCCUUUCCCAAAUCUAAGCAGGUCAAAGUCCUCUAAGGUUGCCAAUCCACGGGUGGGAGCAGGGGAUCCCCAGUUUGGAGGCCCUCCCCCACAUCAGGGUCAUCAGAAAGUGGAGGGUGGGGGAAGGAAAUGCCUGCUGGGCACUCCAUUAUUUCCUAUGGAGACUGAUUCCCAUAGGGUAUAAUAGAGAAUUGAUCUGCGGGUAUCUGGGACUCUGGAGAGGCUGUGUUUUGAGAUAGAGGCGCCAAAUGUUCAGCAUAGCAUUCAAUACCUCUCCCCAAAAUGUCCCCCAAGUUUCAAAAAGAUUGGACCAGUGGGUCCAGUUCUAUGAGCCCCCAAAGAAGGUGUCCCUAUACUUCAUUAUUUCCAGUGGAGGGAAGGCAUUUAAAAGGUGUGUGGUCCCUUUAAAUGUGAUGGCCAGAACUCCCUUUGGAGCUCACUUAUGCUUGUCACAACCUUGCUCCUGGCUCCACCCCCUGUGUUUCCUGGCUCCACCCCCAAAGUCCCCAGAUAUUUCUUGAAUUGGACUUGGCAGCCCUAUUUUCCUCCUACCCGAUCCUAGCACACUCUAAGGCAGGGGUGGGGAACCUUUUUUCUGCCAAGGGCCAUAUGGAUAUUUAUAACAUCAUUCACGGGCCAUAAAAAUUAUCAACUUGAACAACAGUGCUCCACCGAGGAAGAAUGAUUCAGGCCAGCAAAAUUAAUGCAAAUAAUUGGUUUUCUAUUUGAAGUCGCGGCUGGGCCCCACGAUACUCGCUGGCCAGCCAGGCCCCAGGGAGGCUGCUGCAUGGCUUGGUUCGUUCCAGCAAACCCCGAGGGUCACACCAAGUGACCUCAAGGGCCGUAUAUGGCCCUCAGGAUGGAGGUUCCCCACCCGUGCUCUAAGGCAAAAGGGAUUGCAGCCAAAUGUCUGGGAACAGGUAACUGAAUGUCCCCUGCUGCAGUUAAAGCUGAUAUGAAUGCAAGGUCUCAGUCCCGUGUCAGGUACAUGACGCACACCUCAUAAACACACAGAAA